AAGGGGUUAUGGUAUAAGAUUUGCCCUAUUACCUGGCUUCCUCAUGUAUCGAGUUCCAGAAACUUUCCCUGCUGUUUGGGCUCACCUGGCUGUUUGGGGGUUUAUCCUUCUGACAUUGUAAACGAAAGGAAAGUUGAAGUAAAAUUAUAAACACAGUCACGGAAUUUUGGGGCUUCUUAUAGCCAUUGAGAAUGUUUGACUUUUCAUCAUUACAAGAUGAACUAGUGACAACCAAAGAAAAUCUCAACACUUUUGCUAGAAAAUAGCAGAUUAGAAAGGGUGACCCUUCCUCAUGCUCUGGCUUAUGAGCCCUGUUUGGAUAUCGCUGCUGUACAAAGUGAAAAAUUUUGCCGUAAUUUACCUCGUAGAUAUCACAGAAGUACCAGACUUCAAUAAAAUGUACGAACUGUAUGAUCCCUGUACAGUCAUGUUCUUUUUCAGAAACAAGCACAUAAUGAUUGAUUUAGGCACAGGUAACAACAACAAAAUUAACUGGGCAAUGGAAGACAAACAAGAGAUGAUUGACAUCAUAGAAACAGUUUAUCGAGGAGCUCGUAAAGGUAGAGGUCUCGUUGUGUCACCCAAAGACUACUCAACCAAAUACAGAUAUUGACUUCGGCUACUAUUUUCAAGUCAUAUUUCUUGGAAAUGUCUUAAAACCAGACUUAACAUAGGAAAUUCUUCGGUGGUAACAUUUCAUGUGAAUAUAUUGAAUUGAGUAAAUAUGUUACCAGAUUUUCAUUGGAAAAUGCCAUUGAUUUUGGAAAUAAAGUUACAUUUUCUUUCGAAUAAAGAACUUAAAAAUG